UUGUACCAAAAACGUGAGCUUGGACCCUAUGCAACAACGCAAAAAGUAUUCGAUGAACAAGUGUUUGUCAAUUUGCCGUUAUAAUUGAAAUCAAAUUGUCUUCUGAAUUAUCGUAAAUUUAUCAAUGUUAAUAUGGCUUCGGCUAAACUCGAUUGGGGAAAAUAUGUGGACGAACAGGAGAAACUAUCCGCGAAGGUGUCAAACUUAAAUAUAGACAAGCAACUUAAAGAGAACACAACUAAUACAGAGUCCAAGAGCGACGAUGGCUCAGAUGAACUUAUUUCACCUGCAGAAAAAUCAUUACUGCAAAAAAUUAUACGUAAGGGUUUGGUGGAAACAACGAAGGAUUUAAAAAUUCAAAGGAAAGAUCCAUCCUCACCUUUGUAUAGCGUCAAAUCAUUUGAAGCGCUUCACCUUAAACCAGCUUUAUUAAAAGGAGUAUAUGCUAUGGGAUUCAAUGCUCCAUCUAAAAUUCAAGAAACUGCAUUACCUACUUUACUAGCUGACCCACCUCAGAAUAUGAUUGCUCAGUCACAGUCUGGAACUGGUAAAACUGCAGCAUUUGUGUUGGCAAUGCUUAGCAGAGUUGAUACUAAUAAGAAUUAUCCUCAAGUACUUUGUUUAUCACCAACUUACGAAUUAGCUAUACAAACAGGAGAAGUAGCAGCAAAAAUGUCUGCAUUUUGUAAUGAAAUCAAAAUAAAAUACGCUGUUAGAGGAGAAGAAAUAAGUCGUGGAUCGAAAAUCACGGAACACAUCAUCAUAGGAACACCAGGAAAAGUUUUAGACUGGGCUGUUAAAUUCAAAUUUUUUAAUUUGAACAAAAUAUCAGUUUUUGUUUUAGAUGAGGCAGAUGUAAUGAUUGCAACACAAGGUCAUCAAGAUCAGUGUAUUCGAAUUCAUAAGCAACUUCCACGUACAUGCCAAAUGAUGUUUUUUUCUGCAACAUAUGAACCGGAAGUAAUGAAAUUUGCAGAAAUUAUAGUUAAUAAUCCUUUAAUAAUAAGAUUAUUAAAAGAAGAAGAGAGUUUAGAUAACAUUAAGCAAUAUUAUGUCAAAUGCAAGGACUUGGAUGAAAAAUAUACAGCCAUUACUAAUAUCUAUGGUGUAAUAACAAUAGGGCAAGCGAUCAUUUUUUGUCACACUAGGAAAACAGCUAACUGGUUAGCAGAAAAAAUGACGAAAGAUGGACAUGCGGUAGCCGUUUUAUCUGGUGAACUAACAGUUGAACAAAGAAUAUCCGUUUUGGAUCGAUUUAGAGCUGGUCUUGAAAAAGUUCUCAUCACGACAAACGUUUUAGCAAGAGGAAUCGAUGUCGAACAAGUGACAAUAGUAGUCAAUUUCGAUCUACCGAUGGACCAAAAUCGGCAAGCUGAUUGUGAAACAUACUUACACAGAAUUGGCCGAACAGGAAGGUUUGGUAAAUCUGGAAUUGCCAUUAAUUUAAUUGACUCACCACACGCAAUGGAAUUAUGUAAAGACAUAGAGAAACAUUUUGGAAAAAGAAUACACUAUCUCGAUGCGGAUGAUGCGGAUGAAAUAGAAAAAAUUGGAGCUUAAAUUAAUCCAUAAAAAAUAUAAUUAUGCUUUUGACAUUUAAUAUGAUAGAUAUAUUGUAAUACUUGCGAAGAGAAUAGACCUUUGUAUUCUUAAUACCAAUUCUUUGUAUUUCUUUUCCAAUAGCACAUAUUACCGACAAAUGUCAUAUCUAUAAUUUAUUUUACGAUUUUAUAAAUAUUGAUUAUUUUAUACCGCACCUAAACGUGGCAAUUGGAUCAGGAAUAUUAUAGAAUUCAAAAGUAUACAAAAUAAAAGAAUAUUUUUGUAUAAUACA